AACAAAAAAUUGUGCUUAUCAACAAAAAGCUAAGAAUUUUUUUUUGUUUGUAAUUUUUGUGUGAAAAUGCUGCGAAAUUGUACGCUACCAUCAAGUUAUGAAAAUAUAAGAACUAGUAUACGUUGCGGCGAAAUAAUUUGUUACGAUAAUGUUAAUUUUACGAUAGUUUGUGUGCUCUGCAAAAUGAAAAUCUUUGAGUUUGAUGAUUUUAUGUUGCACUAUAAGAAUGUACACCUGCGUGGGAAUGUACAUUUCAGUGAUAGUGAUAAUGAGGGGGAUGGUGAAUUGGAGGAAUGUAUUAAAGAUGAGGAAUUUGAAAAUGUUGAAUAUUUAGCUGAAUUGGAUGAGUGCAGCGCAAAAGCGGCUGCCGACGUAAAGCCCUUAAGCAUUUUGACUGAACCCACUUUUAGUCCAAAUAAGAAGAAUGUGACAAUAACAGCUGCUAGUGUAGAACCGACUGAUAAUGAUAAUGCAUUUGAGGAUGGCGGGGUCACAGAUGCUGAUGAGGAUAACUCAAAACAUGAUGACGAUGAUGGCGAUGGCGACGACGACAAUCAUAUUUUAAAAAAGCCCCGCAAGCCGAAAGAGUACUCAUGUGCACAUUGCCAGAAACGUUACACUACGGAACGUAUAUUAAAACUGCAUAUAAAUAUGAAGCACCUCCGACCAAAAAACCAUAAGUGUGAUCAAUGCUCUGCUGAAUUUAUGGAUCAACGUUCACUGGACGCACAUGUUCGUAGAGAACACAUAGGCUUUUCGUGUACACAGUGUGAACGCGUCUAUAAAAAUUCGCGUUCACUACAUAUACACAUGAAAUCCCACAAAGGUGUUAAGGAAUUUGUAUGCGAUUUUGAAAAUUGUGGAAAGGCAUUUGUGACUUCGACACGUCUAAAAGUGCAUCAAAAAAUUCAUACUGAUGAACGAAAUUAUAUUUGCGAGAUAUGCGGAUAUCGCACCCGACAAAAGGAUGCGCUAGUCGUACACAAGCGCACACAUACAGGAGAAAAGCCAUUUGAAUGCACAAUAUGUAGGCGGCGAUUUAUCUCAGCAUCGUUGUUAACGGAACACAAACCAAUGCAUUCCACGGAACGCCCUCAUAAGUGUGAUGUCUGCGGUGCCACAUUUUCACGUAGUAAAGCACUUUACCAUCAUAAGCAUUUACAUUUGGGGGUUAAAAAAUUCGUUUGCAAACUUUGUGGUCGAGCGUAUGCCCAGAUGGCUGGAUUAGCGGGUCAUAUGCGACAGCAUAAGGCGGAAGACCAAAAUCUUCUUAGCCAGAUAUAAACUGGUUUAUUUAAUAAAUUUACUUGUAUAUUUGUUGUGACUAGUUAAGUGUAUUAAACUAUAAUAAUUUAUUAUUGUAUAAUAUUUAAUUAACACAUAAGUGGCUAAUACUCGUGAUAACAUCGUGAAUUUCAAUUAAAACGCAACAGUAGAUUAUGAACAAAAA